AUGAACAUCUCACCGCUACUAUUAGCUUUGUUCCAUGUUUUAGUACAAGUUUGUUCUCAAAGUUGCCAAAUAGCAAUUUCAGAGCUUCAAUCUUCUAGAAAAGUUAUAAUUUUGAACAGUGAUAAACGGUCGUUGAAGCAACCGAGUAAUGGAAAAUAUUCUUGGAAAUCUGGGGAAUCGAUCCAUUUUAUUUGUGGAAAAGAUUUAAAAACAUUGACUUGUUCACCAAGUUCAAUCAACGCAAAACGCUUCGACUGUGCAAAGCCACCGGAUGUUACCGAAAGAGAUCUCAACAGGGAAUGCAACGGGAAAAGUUCUAAAACGUUUCAAAUGGGUUUCCGAGCUUCCGGGGGUCUUUUCGUACCGUACUACGAGCUCUGCUACCUGAUGGACACGUGUUCGGUGAGUCACGUGAAGCAUCGACUUUUGGGCGCAUCGUUUGGUGGAGUUUCCGGCACGAGAGAAAAAAGCUUCCAGAGCUUUGUGUGCCCAGGGUUGAGGUACAACACACACUACACCCAAGCGAGCCAGAAACAGCCGGAUCCGCGUUUCUACUUUCAGAGGGGACAUCUCUUUCCCGAUCGAGAUGCUCCGGUUUUUGCGUGGAAGUUGGCGACCUAUUCGUACGGGAAUUGUGUUCCUCAGUGGAAUACCAUCAAUUCAGAAGGAGGCAACUGGUGGACUUUGGAAUAUCUGGUUUUCAAGUACGCUCAACAAACCCCGAACACGGAGUACACGAUCUACGAUGGAGUUUUGUAUGAUCCUAGGAACAAACAAUAUCUCGCGAAACAAGAGAAGAAAAUCGAGAUUCCCGUGUGGUUUUGGAAGGUUGUUACUAAUCAAACUCAUGUUCUGAAGGUCUUUUUCGUUUCGCAUAAUUUGAAGGGAACAAAGCAGACUUUCUGUAGCACUAAUCGAUGUGUCAAUGAUCGUGCAAAAGGAACUAAAACAGUAGAAACGUGGGACUUUUAUAAUGAAGCUUCUCGAGGAAUAACUCACUGCUGCUACUGGAAGGAUUUGGCUCGGAAAAAUCCCCUUCCUAUCGAAGUCCAACGAGAAAUCAACAACAAAAAGAACUAAGAUUGUAACAACAUUUGAUUCAACAAUCGUAAUUCCCAUUACUUU